AUGAAGGUCACCCAGGUCAUCCUUGCUCUCUGCGCUGCUGGCUGCGCCGCUGCCGCCCCCGUCGAGGCGGAGCUUGACAUUGCCUCCCUCAUCGAGGCUGACGCAGACUUCCCCCUCGCCGAGCUAGAAAGCUACUACGAGAAGAAGCGCAAUGAGAAUGUCUCGGGUCUCCAGGCCCGCCAGUACACCGGCAGCACCUCCAACGAGCUCAUCGACGGCACAGCCUGCCGCGCCGUCACCCUGAUCUACGCCCGCGGCACCGGCCAAGCCGGCAACAUUGGCGACCCAGCCGCUGUCGGCCCCCUGUUCUUCAACAGCCUGGCCUCGCGCAUCGGCCGCACCAAUCUGGCCGUCCAAGGCGUGACGUACCCGGCCAACGUCGCUGGCUUCCUUGCCGGCGGCGACGCGGCUGGCAGCAGGACCCUCGCCUCUCUCGCGCAGAGGGCUGCGACCCAGUGUCCCAGGACCCAGAUUGUUCUCAGCGGCUACAGCCAGGGCGCUCAGCUUGUGCACAACGCUGCCGCGCAGCUCUCGUCUGCUGUGACCAACCGCAUCACUGCUGUCCUCACCUUUGGCGACCCCAAGCAGAACCAGCCCUUUGGCUCCAUCCCUUCGUCGCGCACGCGCGUCAUCUGCCGCGCUGGAGACACGAUCUGUGCCGGCAGCAUCAUUCCCAACGGGGCGCACACGCGGUACCAGGAGAACGCUGCGGACGCUGCCGCCUGGGUGGCUGCCCGCGUCUGA